GCUCCAGUCGCCUUCUUCUCCUCACCCUUAGCCAGUAUGCGUGAGUGUAUCUCCAUCCACGUUGGCCAGGCUGGUGUCCAGAUUGGCAAUGCCUGCUGGGAGCUCUACUGCCUGGAACACGGCAUCCAGCCUGAUGGCCAGAUGCCAAGUGACAAGACCAUUGGGGGAGGAGAUGACUCCUUCAACACGUUCUUCAGUGAGACAGGCGCUGGCAAACAUGUGCCCAGGGCAGUGUUUGUAGACCUGGAACCCACGGUCAUUGAUGAAGUUCGCACAGGCACCUACCGCCAGCUCUUCCACCCUGAACAGCUCAUCACAGGCAAAGAAGAUGCUGCCAACAACUAUGCCCGAGGGCACUACACCAUUGGCAAGGAGAUCAUUGACCUUGUUUUGGACCGAAUUCGCAAGCUGGCUGACCAGUGCACAGGUCUUCAGGGCUUCUUGGUUUUCCACAGCUUCGGUGGGGGAACUGGGUCGGGGUUCACCUCCCUGCUGAUGGAACGUCUUUCUGUGGAUUAUGGCAAGAAGUCCAAGCUGGAGUUCUCCAUCUACCCAGCCCCUCAGGUUUCCACAGCUGUGGUUGAGCCCUACAACUCCAUCCUCACCACCCACACCACCCUGGAGCACUCUGAUUGUGCCUUCAUGGUAGACAAUGAGGCCAUCUAUGACAUCUGUCGUAGAAACCUCGAUAUUGAGCGCCCGACCUACACUAACCUUAACCGCCUUAUUAGCCAGAUUGUGUCCUCCAUCACUGCUUCCCUCAGAUUUGAUGGAGCCCUGAAUGUUGACCUGACAGAAUUCCAGACCAACCUGGUGCCCUAUCCCCGCAUCCACUUCCCUCUGGCGACAUACGCCCCUGUGAUCUCUGCUGAGAAAGCCUACCAUGAACAACUUUCUGUAGCAGAGAUUACCAAUGCUUGCUUUGAGCCAGCCAAUCAGAUGGUGAAAUGUGAUCCUCGCCAUGGUAAAUACAUGGCUUGCUGCCUGUUGUACCGUGGUGAUGUGGUUCCCAAAGACGUCAAUGCUGCCAUUGCCACCAUCAAGACCAAGCGCAGCAUCCAGUUUGUGGAUUGGUGUCCCACUGGCUUCAAGGUUGGCAUUAAUUACCAGCCUCCCACCGUGGUACCUGGUGGAGACCUGGCCAAGGUACAGAGAGCUGUGUGCAUGCUGAGCAAUACCACAGCCAUUGCUGAGGCCUGGGCCCGCCUGGACCACAAGUUUGACCUGAUGUAUGCCAAGCGUGCCUUUGUUCACUGGUACGUGGGUGAGGGGAUGGAGGAAGGAGAGUUUUCUGAGGCCCGUGAGGACAUGGCUGCCCUUGAGAAGGAUUAUGAGGAGGUUGGUGUGGAUUCUGUUGAAGGAGAGGGAGAGGAAGAAGGAGAAGAAUACUAAUUGCCCUUUCAGCCCUGCAGCAUGUCAUCUCCCAGAAUUUCAUCCCAACCUUUAGCUGACAGGCAUUGAAGCUUUCUGGUUAGAUUGUUCUCACUCAGUGGUGAUCAUGUCUUUUCCAUGUGUACCUGUAAGGUUUUUCCAUCGUGUCUCAAAGUAAAAGCUUUAAGAU